AUGGACAAGAGAAGCUGUUCUAAUCUGCCAGAUAAACUUCCGGUCUUCCCCGAUCCCGCCCACUCUCCACUGGGCAGGCCCUUCUACCUGGACCCCAUGGUCACUUUCCACCUGUACCCGGAGCCCCCACUGCCAGCCCCUUACUCCGAGGAGCUGCCACUGCUGCCUUUUUCCAGUGACUCCCUGAUCAUGGAGAAUUACGGGGAGCCCUACCCCUUCCCUUUCCCAAUGCCUUAUCCAAGCUACAGCAGGUGUGAAUACUCCUACGGACCAGCCUUUAUCCGGAAAAGGAACGAGCGGGAAAGGCAGCGAGUGAAGUGUGUCAACGAAGGCUACGCCCAGCUCCGCCAUCACCUGCCCGAGGAGUAUCUGGAGAAGCGACUCAGCAAAGUGGAAACCCUCAGGGCCGCCAUCAAGUACAUCAACUUCCUGCAGUCUCUCCUGCACCCUGCAGAGGCCACCACCAAGCACACCCCGGGGCCACGGUCCUCCAUCACAGCCACCGCCAGCCGGCACCCGGACCCUAUUUUUAGAAUUGUGUGA